AUGCCCUCUUACGUCCACCGCGUCUUCGUGCAGGCAGUGCAGACCGAGGAGCCAGACGCCUCGCUCACACAGUCCACGUCGCCCCCGAUCAAGUCGUCCUCGGGAACAGGCUACAUCGGCAAGAUAGGCAGUCCCAGCGAGGCAGAACAAUACAUCGGCGAGGCGGAGUCCCUGAGAGCAAUGCACGUCGCGGCACCGGGCAUUGCGCCGCGCGUGGUAGCAUGCGGCGUCAUCGACAAAGAUGCAGCAGAGAUGGACAGCGACGUUGGCAGGCCAUACUUCCUAUCAGAGUUCAGGGACAUGGGCCCCCUGACAGAUAGUGCCGCUAAGGUUCUCGCCGAGAGGCUGGCGACGGAGAUGCACACCUACAAGAGCACUAACGGUUUCGGGAUCCAUGUCCCAACGUACUGUGGCCGGACCCGACAGGCGAAUGGCUGGUUUGAAUCUUGGGACAAGUGUUUCGACGCGCUGAUCGGCGGCUUGCUCAAUUCGCUCAAGAAGAGAGGAUACGGGCUGGAUGACGAGGAGGAGUACGAGGAGAUCACCCAGGAGGAUUGUUGGACGGUCAUCUCGAGCUUUUUCGACCAGAAGGGCCUGGUUCGGCAGCAGCUCGACUCCUUCGACGAAUUCGUCCAGAACACUAUGCAGGAGCUGGUAGAUGAAAAUGCUGAACUCAUCCUCGAUCAGAACGACCAGCAUACCGGACACGCGGGCGACGUGAAUCGGCGCUAUGAGAUCAAGUUCGGGCAGAUUUAUCUGUCAAGACCAACGGUGACGGAGGCGGAUGGCUCUGUCGUGCCUGUUUUCCCGCAGGAGGCUCGGCUCCGAAAUUUGACCUACUCAGCGCCCUUGUACAUUGAGAUGAAGAAACAGAUCAUGAUUGGGAGGGAGGACCCAGACAGCCUCACAGGCGACAUGAUUUGGGAGCCCGAGGUGGAAGAGAAUCCUGAGGAUACGAGGAAGGUGUGGAUUGGCAAGGUGCCAAUCAUGCUCCGGUCAUCAUUCUGCAUCCUGCAUGAACUGAGCGACGAGGAGCUUUACGACCUCAAUGAAUGUCCCUUCGACUCAGGAGGGUAUUUCAUCAUUAACGGCUCCGAGAAAGUGUUGAUCGCGCAAGAGCGCAUGGCUACAAACCAUGUCUACGUCUUCGCCAAAGCCCAGCCAUCACCUGUCAGCUUCCUUGCGGAGAUCCGUAGUGCUGUAGAACGGGGUGGAAAGACCAUCAGUCAGUUCCAGGUCAAACUCUACCAUCGAAACCAGGAGCGUUCGUUGGGCAACGUCAUGAAGGCGACGAUUCCCUACAUCAAGGUUGACAUUCCCAUCUGGGUUGUCUUCCGUGCGCUCGGUGUCAUUUCCGAUCGCGAUAUUCUCGAGCAUAUCUGCUACGACAUGCAAGACGCCCAAAUGCUCGAGAUGCUCAAGCCAUGUAUUGACGACGGUUUUGUAAUUCAGGAUCGCGAGGUCGCCUUGGACUUCAUUGGAAACCGUGGUACAACCACUGGCUUGAACCGUGAGCGCCGUUUGCGAUACGCGCAGGAGAUUUUGCAGAAGGAGAUGUUACCUCACAUCUCAAUGGCGGAGGGUUCCGAGUCAAAGAAGGCGUACUUCUUUGGUUACAUGAUCCAUCGGUUGCUGCUCGCGGCCAUGGAACGCAGAGAUCUCGACGACCGUGACCACUUCGGCAAAAAGAGGCUGGAUCUUGCUGGUCCCCUGCUUGCCAACCUGUUCCGCAUGCUCUUCCGGAAGUUGACCAAGGACGUGUACCGGUAUCUGCAGAAGUGUGUCGAGACACACAAGGAAUUUAACUUGAACCUCGCUGUUAAGCACAAUACGAUCACGAAUGGCUUGAAGUAUUCGCUCGCUACGGGCAACUGGGGAGACCAGAAGAAGUCUAUGGCGUCCAAAGCUGGUGUCUCUCAAGUGCUCAACAGGUACACAUACGCGUCCACGCUAUCACACUUGCGUCGGUGUAACACGCCCUUGGGACGAGAAGGCAAGAUUGCGAAACCGCGUCAAUUGCACAACACGCACUGGGGCAUGGUGUGUCCUGCCGAGACACCCGAAGGACAAGCUUGUGGUCUUGUCAAAAAUCUGUCACUCAUGUCUUGUAUAUCGGUCGGUUCACUAUCCGCCCCUGUGAUUGAGUUCUUGGAGGAGUGGGGUCUUGAAUCACUGGAAGAAAACGCCCACUCGGCGACGCCAUGCACAAAAGUCUUCGUCAAUGGAGUAUGGAUGGGUGUACAUCGGGACCCGGCAAACUUGGUCAAGACGAUCAAGAAGCUUCGUCGGAAGGACGACAUCAGCCCCGAGGUGUCCGUCGUGCGAGACAUCCGCGAGCGAGAGCUGCGCCUCUACACGGAUGCAGGACGUGUCUGCCGACCAUUGUUCAUCGUCGAGAACCAACAGCUAUUACUUUCGAAGAAGCACAUUAAGUACAUCAACGAUGGGCACGACGACGAGGACAAGGUGUACAAGUGGGAUCAGCUGGUGAAGGGAGGGGUGAUCGAGCUUUUGGACGCCGAGGAAGAGGAGACCGUCAUGAUCUGUAUGACACCUGAGGACCUCGAGAACUCGCGGCUGCAGUCCACUGGCGUGGACCCACAUGCAAAUGACGGCGACUUUGAUCCUGCCGCGCGGCUGAAGGCCAGUACUAGUGCACACACCUGGACACACUGCGAGAUUCACCCCAGUAUGAUUCUGGGUGUAUGUGCUAGUAUCAUUCCGUUCCCCGAUCAUAAUCAGUCGCCUCGUAAUACUUACCAGUCCGCUAUGGGUAAGCAAGCGAUGGGUAUCUACUUGACGAACUUCCUCGUCCGGAUGGACACGAUGGCGAAUAUCCUCUACUAUCCCCAGAAACCUCUGGCAACGACUCGCUCUAUGGAGUACCUCCGCUUCCGAGAACUUCCCGCCGGUCAGAACGCCGUUGUUGCUAUCCUGUGCUACAGCGGAUACAAUCAAGAAGAUUCCGUCAUCAUGAAUCAAAGUUCUAUUGACCGCGGGUUGUUCCGCAGCAUGUACUACCGAAGCUACAUGGAUCUGGAGAAGAAGAGUGGAGUGCAGCAGCUCGAGGAGUUCGAGAAGCCCACGCGAGAUUCCACUCUUCGCAUGAAGCACGGGACGUACGACAAGCUCGAGGAUGAUGGGCUCAUCGCGCCUGGAACCGGUGUCAACGGAGAGGACAUCAUCAUCGGUAAGACGGCUCCUAUCCCUCCUGACAGUGAAGAGCUGGGCCAGCGCACACGAUCGCACACGAAGCGGGAUGUUUCUACGCCGCUGAAGAGCACGGAAAGUGGCAUUAUCGACCAAGUCUUGAUCACGACAAAUGCCGAGGGUCAGAAGUUCGUCAAGAUUCGUGUGCGAUCCACUCGUGUCCCCCAGAUUGGCGACAAGUUCGCAUCACGUCAUGGUCAGAAGGGUACCAUUGGUAUCACGUACCGUCAAGAGGACAUGCCCUUCACCGCGGAAGGCAUCACACCUGAUAUCAUCAUUAAUCCUCACGCCAUUCCAUCUCGUAUGACAAUUGGGCAUUUGGUUGAGUGUCUCUUGUCGAAGGUCGCGACACUGAUCGGAAACGAAGGUGACGCUACACCCUUCACAGACCUGACGGUCGAAUCGGUAUCGCAGUUCCUACGCCAGAAGGGGUAUCACUCACGUGGACUGGAGAUCAUGUACCACGGACACACAGGACGCAAGUUGCAGGCGCAGGUCUACUUGGGUCCCACAUACUAUCAGCGUCUGAAGCACAUGGUGGACGACAAGAUCCACUCUCGUGCGAGAGGUCCUGUUCAAAUCCUCACACGUCAGCCGGUCGAGGGUCGUAGUCGCGACGGUGGUCUUCGUUUCGGAGAGAUGGAGCGUGAUUGUAUGAUCUCGCAUGGUGUUGCUGCCUUCCUGAAGGAGCGUCUCUUCGAGGCCAGUGACGCUUACCGGUUACAUGUUUGCGACAUUUGCGGGCUCACUGCGAUCGCAAAUCUCAAAAAACAAACAUUCGAGUGCCGAUCGUGCAAAAACAAGACGGCGUGUUCACAGCUUUACAUUCCUUAUGCUGCCAAGCUGCUGUUCCAGGAACUGCAAAGUAUGAACAUCGCAGCCCGUCUUUACACUGUGUCCACAGGGCGUAUCAGGGAUUGA